AUGCCGAUAAAGGCAGUGAUUUUCGACUACGGUGGCGUACUGAUGACAUACCAGGGAGCGACCCGCUGCUUUAAAGAUUUAGCGCAACGACACGGCGUCGAUUGGGCAUUCGUGCAAGAGUGUCUGCUGAAGCAAGCCGUUUUGCAGCAUGUUAGCGACGAGACAGGCCUCGAUCUUUUUAGGGGGGAAUACACGUGCGAUGAAUUGGAGAAUAUCUACAUCCCAAGGCUUUCCGUUCAGAAAGGCUGCCCAAUGCAAUGCCCGGUGCCAUUCGUUAGCACAUGGAUGGGUGAUGAGAAGCAUCAACAAUAUGCCGAGGGAAUGAUCUCAGCUCUCCGGCAACUGCCCGCUCUUGGCUUUCUCACUGGUCUACUCACAAAUAAUUGCUAUUUAGAUAAAGAAAGAAAACUCCGACGGACGCCGAUUGACGAAUCGCUGUUUGACGUAGUUGUCGAGUCGGCUGUUGAAGGCACGCGGAAACCAGAGGAGCGAAUUUUCGAGAUCUGCUUGCAACGCUUCGAGGCGCUCGGCGUUCUCCCAUCGGAUUGCCUCUUUUUAGAUGAUCAACCGGAAAAUCUUGAGGCUGCGAAGAAAAUUGGAUGGCAAACGAUGCUGGUGAAUCCCGUUGACCCGAACAGUUGUGUGGUGGAGUUGGAGAUGUUGUUGGGGGUGCGCUUCGACGAUUCAUCCAGUUCCCGCUCCUCGUGCUCACAAGAAAGCGAUGAAUCAACGCUUUUAACA